CACCCCCAGCACUCUGUGGAGCAGCUCAGUGCGUUGUGUGGUCAGUCCUCGGCAUCUCCCGUCACACGGAAACCUAAUCCUCCCGCCUCUCCGCCAUGGCCGAUCAGCUGACUGAAGAGCAGAUUGCUGAGUUCAAGGAGGCUUUCUCCUUAUUUGAUAAAGAUGGGGAUGGCACCAUUACCACUAAGGAACUGGGCACCGUCAUGAGGUCACUCGGCCAGAACCCCACAGAAGCUGAGCUGCAGGACAUGAUCAACGAAGUAGAUGCUGAUGGCAAUGGUACAAUUGACUUUCCUGAAUUUCUGACCAUGAUGGCAAGGAAAAUGAAGGACACAGACAGCGAAGAAGAGAUCCGUGAAGCAUUCAGAGUGUUUGACAAGGAUGGGAACGGUUACAUCAGCGCAGCAGAACUCCGUCACGUAAUGACUAACCUAGGGGAAAAACUUACAGACGAAGAGGUAGACGAAAUGAUCAGAGAAGCCGAUAUAGAUGGGGAUGGGCAGGUCAAUUACGAAGAAUUCGUACAGAUGAUGACUGCAAAGUGAAGAGUUCUCCUCAAUUUUUCCUCUAGAAGAAUCAAACUGAAUCUUUUACUUACCUCUUGCAAAAAUGUUCAUUUACUCAUUCUGUUUCUGUAUAGCAAAACUGAAUGUCAAGAAAUACCUUCUGUCCACAAAAAAAAAAAAAUCUGCAUGUAAUGGUUGGUGGUCCUGUCCCCAAAAACGAUGAGUUUAAACAUCAGUUUUACAGUAUCUAAAUACUCGUACUACCUUUUAACAACAAGGAAACACUUAGAGGACUCCUUAAGCUCCAUUUGCUAAUGAUUACUCCACUGUUUGGGCUGGCCAGUUUUACAUGCAUGCAGCUUGACAAUUGAGCACAGUCAGACCUUUGUAUUUAAAACUAAGAUAUAAAAAAAAAAAAAAAAAAGUUGUAAAAGCGAUUUCUGCCAUCGUUGGUGGAUUCUGUUUCAAUUUGUAGUAUAAAUUGUCAUAGCUGGUUUACUCUAAAAUUGGUUUAUACCUCAGGAUGGUAUGCGUGAAGGAUACAGAUGUGGGAAGCCCCCCACUCUUCGAAUGUUUUUUUUUUUUUUGGUACCAAGAUGACGACACUACCCGAGGAUGGCAUGUCUGGUUUUUAAUCUCAGUUUAACAUUUGUUUGUGCUGCACUUGAGUGAAACAGAUGUGGAGCCGUUACAGUUCACAUUUUAAAACUGAAAAAACAAAAUUCACUGUUGGGGGAGCAUCUUUGGACUCUCGUAAUUUUUAAAGAGGAAAAAAAAAAAUCUGCACCAGACUUGGAGACGGCGCUUUCCUAUAAUAUCUAUAGGACUUCAGCACAACGAUCAACAAGGCUGUUUGAGGAAAAAAAUAAAAUCUAAAACUUAAAAAAAAUGUCCAUUCCAAGUUGUAAAUGCUAGUUUUUUUUUUUGUUUUCCAAUAAAAGACCAUUAGUGUAAUAGAUUUUUAUUUUUUUCCUUUUAAUUUAUUCAUUCAUCCAUGUACAGAGCGCUUCUCGUGGCUUAGCGAUCCUUCUUGUUGCAUCCCUUUAACAUCUCCCUGUGUAGAUCUGUUGGUCUGUGACGCUUAGGACAGACUCCUCUGAUAGGGGACAGGGCUGGCCCCCCUGGCAGUGAGUGUAUAUAUUUUCUAAGUUCUGAGACUCCCUUCUUUCUCUGCAUCAACCUUUAGUCUUAAAGUGUGGCACAUGGAGAAGCCUUUAAUUUGCAUGCACAAAGCUAUUCUGAAAAAGGCACAUUUUGCCUAAUAAUGAGUUUUUAUUUAAAAAAAAAAAUUUCUUUGUCGGUAAACUGAGGAAUAAAGGUGUGAAUCCUAGGGAUGGGCGGCUGCGGGCACCUCAUCUGUGUUUCUUAGCGUUUAUGGCCGUCUACCAGCCUAGAGAGGGGGGGCGCGUGCGCUGCGUUGCGUUGUCUGCAUUCGGCAGUAGUUUUUGGUGGUUGCAGGAGAAGUGGCCAUCUUGAGCUGUACCUAUGAUUGCAGAGUAUAAACCGCCGUGACCAUUCCGGUCUUGGGGCGCAUGUUUCUUCAGCCGAUGAACAGAUGUCCUCAUCUGUAUAGCAUUGUCCUGGGUGUGUGACUUCAAAGGCGUUGCACUGAUUUAUAGGGACCUAGAUGUGACUGCAGUGGAUAAUAUGUAAAAUAUUUCAGGCUUUUGAGAAGAGCGGCAGGGGUGUAACAGAUUCUGCCAUAUCGGGCUGCAGACUUGGCCUACAAAGCUGUAUCUCCGGCCACGCGCUAUAUCCUCCCAUCCAUUUCAUGCAGUCGGAAGAAACCAGCUCGAUUUGGCUCCUUCCUGGGCGCCCUUAGGAGUUGUGUGAGUGGAUUGUUAAUACAUUUUGGCGAUUUAGAAAACAAUCUAGUGGGUGUGUCGCCAGUCUUCAUUUCAUUAACUGAUCAGUUAAACCCCCUCCCUACUCCUUGGCACCACUAACAUGGAUGGUGGCAGAAUAUCAAAGAUUUAGAACAUGGCGGUGGUAGAAGGCAACGCUUGGUGCACGUAGGGUAGGCCAGGGCGAGGCUUGAAAUUCAUCUCCUGCUUUUCAAUUCCUAUCAUUGUCAUUUCUGGGCCAUUGUUGGUGGCGAUCCCAUGUGGGACAGCGUGGACGUGGCACUCCUCCCUGCGCUCAUUCUACCAUGGCUUGACUGGAAGCUUGUGCUAAUUCUGAAUCUGUGCUUGCACUUUAGGGAAACAUAAAAAAAAAAAAAACACGCUAAGCCUUGAAACAAAAGACCUGGAUAGAGUAAAUGGCUGUCCUGUAUUGCAACUGAAAUUAAUAAAGCCAAAUAAAAAACAAAUAUAUAUAUA